AAAAAGCAACAAUGAAAUUAACAUUUUUCUUUAUUUCAGAUCCUCCCUUAUUUCCCACUCGUUGAAAACCUUGGUAAUGUUUUAGAAAAGCGUGUUGACAAGAUUCGUGUUGAAGAAAAGGAAAAGCGCCCUGACAUUUAUGCAUUAGCAAUGGGGUAUUCUGGCCAGCUAAAGGGUCGUAAACCUUCAAUGAUACCAGAAGCCAAGUUUCACACAAAAGAGCCAAAAAUGGCUCCCCAAACAUCUGUAGUAAAGAAAGAGCCCAGUUCAUUAGAGUCAGCAAGUUCAUCACCAAAUUUAACACAAGGCAAAGCAGAUGUUGACAUUAAGAUGAAUGGUGAAAAGGAUGACAGGAAAGACAGAUCUGCCAACUCUAACAGUAAUAAAAAUGAAUUGGCCAUCAGCAGGAAAGUAGAAUCAAGUUCAAAGUUGAAGGAUAAAUGUAGUAAAGAAGACAAAGAUGAGAAAUCAAUAAGGAAAAUAAAGGAAGAAAAAGGUCACAGGUCAAAUAAAAGUCACAGAGAAGAAAAAGACAAGAUUCACUCUGAAAAAAGGAAGGAAGAGAAUGGAAGAGAGGUGAAAAUUAAAAAAGAAAAAGAUGAAGUGAAAAGAGAUGGAAGAAGUAAGAUUGACGAAAAAGAACAGCGUGCCAGUCUGUCUCUUAUACACAUCUAG